CGUAUCGACAAAUGGAUAUGGAUACACAACCUGCUCAUACGCUGUGGCUAUUGCGAUGGCUGUCGCAAUUAACCCAUCCACUUGUAUUGUGUGUUCCAGAUUUCCACAUAAUAUUCACAGCCAUGGAAUUGCUAGUAAGAAGAAGUUGAGGGUAAUUUCAUCAUCAGACGUUGCUCCCUCAGCAAACAGAGAAGCAAUUUCAGCAAGGGAUAAUCUUCUGAAUCUAAUUUCAGGCGAGGAGCGUGGUUUAAAAACGCAAAAAAGCCCAUCAAAACGCUCCCAAAUAAUAAAUGCAAUUGAUGCUCUGGCUGCAUUUGGAACAGACACAGUUACUACAGAUUCUAAGCUUUCCGGGACAUGGAGAAUGAUGUGGACUACAGAGAAGGAACAACUAUUUAUUAUUGAGAAAGCCCAUCUGUUUGGAACCCAAGUUGGAGACAUUCUGCAGGUCAUAGAUGUUAACAGAAGCACCUUGAACAAUGUCAUCACUUUCCCGCCAUCAGGUUCUUUUGUUGUUGACUCCACCAUUCAAAUUGUUUCUUCACAGCGAGUAAAUUUCAGGUUCACAAGUGCAGUUCUCCAAGGUGCAAACUGGAAGAUUCCCCUGCCUCCUUUUGGUCAGGGCUGGUUUGAAACAGUAUAUUUAGAUGAAAAAAUUCGUGUUGCAAAGGAUAUUCGAGGAGACUAUCUAGUUGUUGAUCAGGCUUCAUAUACAUGGGAAGAGAAGUGACCUGUAAAAAUUCAAACUAAGUGAUGCUUGAACAAAUCCCCAAUAUGUGCACAUUCAUCUUCUUUUCUACUUGAUUUUCAGCAUGUAGCUUAUUUAUUUGCCUUAAUUCCAUAGAAGAAAGUUUGUAUUGAUUGCUUAGUUUGAAUUUGUUAGUACUUAUUCAAUAGUUUAUAUAAAUUUGCAAUUGAAGA